AUGUUCCUGGUCGCGCUGGACAGAACAAUCAUCUCGACGGCCAUACCCAAAAUCACCGAUGAAUUCAACUUAUUCGAUGAUGUUGGCUGGUACGGAAGCGCCUACUUGUUGACAUGCUGCGCAUUCCAGCUCUUGUUUGGUAAGCUGUACAAGCUCUUUUCCGUUAGGAUCGUCUUCCUUGCCAGUAUUCUAGUGUUUGAGGUUGCCUCUGCUAUAUGCGGGGCGGCUCCGAGUUUAAAGGCCUUUAUAAUCGGAAGAGCAAUCUGCGGAGUCGGCGCUGCUGGUAUCUUCGCUGGAACUAUAAUGUGGCUGUUCGGCGCCCUUUUCGGAAUUGCCUCCGUUGUUGGCCCCUUGGUUGGCGGCGCAUUUGUAUCAAACGUAAUAUGGAGAUGGUGCUUCUACGUGAAUCUGCCAAUGGGUGGUGCCGCGAUGGUUGAUAGGCUGCUACAACUGGAUUUCCUCGGAACUACACUUCUGAUCUCUAGUGUGGUCUGUCUCGUAUUGGCGCUCUAUGGCCGCGUCGUGGCUUGCCUGAUUCUUAUAGGCCUAUUACUUCCUUCUUUUAUCGCCCGUAGCAUCAUUUUAGGAUUCUGGCAGACACUCUACGUCGGAUCUGGAAACUAUAUAUUUGUGUACUUCCUCCCAAUCUGGUUCCAAUCCAUCAAGGGCAGUUCCGCCGUGGAAUCCGGUAUACGCCUGGUACCGAUGAUGAUAUCAAUGAUCGUCGGCUCAAUCGGUGGUGGAAUCACAAACUCCAAGAUCGGAUAUUACACCCCACUAGCGAUCAUCGGAUCCUGCAUCAUGUCCGUCGGAGCCGGUCUCCUCACUACCUUCUAG